AUGUCUGGUAUCAAAGGAAGAGUAUAUGCAAUUACUGGCGCAGCGUCAGGCAUCGGGCGAGCCUCUGCAAUUCGCUUAGCGGAACUUGGAGCUGGAGGUCUAGCUAUUUGCGAUGUCAACAUCGAAGGCCUUGACAAAACAAAGGAAUUAUGCUCAUUAGCUGGCACUAAAGUAGUUGCGUCAACAGUUGACGUCCGAAGUCAUCAACAAGUCCAGAAGUGGAUUGACAACACCGUUGCUGAGUUCGGACGUUUAGAUGGAGCUGCAAACAUUGCGGGAAUUGCAGGUGGCGCCGGUGAUACAACUUGCGCAACCAUUGAAGAGUCAGAUUGGGAUCGCAUGAUGGAUGUCAAUCUCAAAGGCGUCAUGUGGUGCAUGCGAGCUCAGAUUCCGCAUCUCCCCCGCCCGGGAGGAGCCAUCGUCAACAUCUCGAGCACCUCGGGCCUCAGAGGCUUCCCUCACAAUGCAGCUUACUCAUCGAGUAAAUUUGGAGUCAUUGGUCUCACAUCGUCCGUGGCUGGCGAAUUUGGCGCCGAGGGUAUUCGGAUCAACUCUCUUUUACCCGGACCGAUCCGAACUGAAAUGUUUGAAGCGGGCGAAGCCAAGGGGCUGUUUGAUUCGGAAAAGAUCAGCAAGUUGACAUGCCUUGGUCGUAUGGGCAAACCUGACGAGGUGGCCAAGGUUCUGUGCUUUUUGUUAAGCGAUGAUGCGUCAUAUGUCACUGGUGCGCAAUGGACCGUGGAUGGUGGGUAUGCUGCCUGCUGA